AUGAGGCCUCACCUGUUCGUCGCAGGCUUUGCGCUGCUCGUCAGCGCUUUUGUGCCCCGUCAGGAGUCGGACGAACGGCGCGGGCCCGCGCUUACACCGGGGCCCAAGUUCGAGAGGCUGGACAAAACAAAGGCUGUGCUCGUCAUCGUCGACAUCCAGGAGGGGCUCAUCAACAUGGUGAGGGACUGGGACACGGCGCUGUACAAAGCCAACAUGUUGGCGCACGGCGGCCUCGCGCAGGUCUUUGAUCUACCCGUCAUCAUCACCAGCAGCGCUUCGGUCGGACCCAACGGCAUGGUGCCCAAGGAGCUGACGGCGAUGCACCCGAACGCGACCGUCAUCGACCGCAACGGCGAGGUCAACGCCUGGGAUAGCAAAGAGUUUCGGGACGCUGUGCGCGCAACUGGAAAGACGCAGGUUAUCGUUGCGGGAAUCAUGACGGACAUCUGCACGACCUUUUUGUCUCUCUCACUGCGCGAAGAAGGGUACGGGGUCUGGGCCAACGCCGAAGCGUCCGGGACGACGUCAGUCUUCAUCCGCGACCUGGCGAACCAGCGCAUGAUGGGGGCCGGCGUGCAUGUCAUGUCGAUGCUGUCCAUCAUGUCCGAUCUCAUGCGCUCGUGGGGCAACACGCCCGGCGCAAAGGAACUGCUUCCGUGGAUCGACCAGCACUUCCCCCAUUACGGCUUCAUCGCUCGCGCGCACGGGCACGCGGUCCAGAACGGUGUUGUAUUUCCCGGCCAGGACGAGAUUUUGUAA